GUCGGCCCCAAACUGCCAAAGAUGAUCUCGACUCUCGAGUCACUCUCGACUCUCCCGCCUUAGUUGGUGUCUAGAUUGAAGACGAUAGACUCAGUGCCUCACUCACAAAAACUCUCAGCCAUUAACGAGUCAUUCACGAGUGAAAAACGCCGAAAAACAACACCUGAAAACGAAGAGAACAACAAAGGUGUUGUUGUCCCACAAGGUGAUGUUUUGGUGUCUCUCUAGUUUCAAGGUCGUUUGGGAGGAAGCGCAGUGUUACCUAACGUUUGGACAUCAACCCCUGGAGGGGUGCAGGGGGUGGGGAGGGGGGGGGGGCACCCGCAGAUGCCCAAGUGGAUCCACCUAAAUAGGGCAGAGGUUGGUGUGCAUCGAGUUACAAUGAUUAAUGUGUGUAAUGGACGAUGAAUUUCUGCUUCAGAGGGACGUCUGAGGAACCAGGGAUAUAUUGGAUGACAUUGAAGAGAACAACCAACAUGGAGCUAUUAGGGUUUGGGUCGCACCAUAAAAUAUGGUUUUUGUAACAAUUGAAAAUCAACUGUAAAGACUUCUCAUUCUACCCUGCAGUGCCAAAUGCCCGCGGAUGAAACCCAACACUAACUAAGGAAGUCGGAACCUCAUCUUGAAGACACAACAGAAAGUUCGGACACAAUAGUUAUCACCAACCAAUCAAUUAGAGUAAUUUUUGAGAUGUCUCAUCGUCUCCCAAAGGCAGAAAGUGCUGUGGCACCUCCAGACACAAACACAGAUUCUCCUAGCAAUGUUCCAGGGGCAUCUGGGGUUAUCCAGACAGCGGCAAGUCUCGCAACAUCUCGGGAGGCAGAUGCGAGUACUGGUGAUGAUGUCGAAGAUCUCAUCCAACCCGCUGCAGCCACAAUAUUCAGCGACGCACCACCUGGACCCUUGCCGGAGGAUGAAGUCUCCAGGGAAGAUGAGAACUUGCUCAAGUAUUUCAUCAUGCUUCGACCUAAAGGACCCACAGCUACCACCUUGGCCAAAGUUUGCACUGCACUAUACAGUGGAGAAGGGCAAAGUGUCAAAGAUUACUGCAGUCAUGUUCUAGGUUUCUCCAACACACAAUACAGAAAAAUCUUUACUCUACAUGAGAGAAAUACCUUGGAGGCAGGAACCGACUGGCAAACCUUCGACAUUACAUUUCUGUACAAGCUGCUCCAGUGGGUUUGUGGUCUUGCACCUACUUCUGAUAAGAAGUGGACGGAACCAACAGCAACCGGAGUUAAUGAGGAGCUUGAGCACAUGUUGUACCGCAUAAAGUGCGAGAGAAACUUCCUGGCGCACGAAGCCGUCACGUUGAGCGACGAAGAACUUCAAGAGCGCUCAUCGAAGCUGAAGACACUGCUGGAGAAUAUACUGUGCAAGGUCAGCCAACGGAAAAACAUUGACCUCUCGCAGGAUGUGAAAACCGCCAGAGUCAAAUUAGACGAGAUUCUCAACUCGACUUCGAAAUACUCUCUAAAGUCUUAUCAGAAGGAACUGGAAGACCUGCGCCAGGAUAUCGUGAACAAGCUGGUAGUCAACUCUCAGGCCGAGUUGUUUCCCCACUAUCUCGAUUUGUGGUCAUCAGCUCUAGUGCAGUGGUUUCAGGUUCCAACAGCAGAGGGAAACAACGACCUUCGAGAGUCAGAAAUCUUUACAAACGUAACCAUCAAAGACAUGAAUAACUCUGUUAUGUCAGUGGAGGACAUCCUCUCUCAUCGCAUCGAGAACAGCACUCCUCCGCGGGUCAUGAUCAUCGAAGGGAUCGCAGGCAUUGGGAAAAGUCAUGUCUGUAAAUACAUUCUUCAUAAAUGGGCCUCUGUUAAGGGAGAAGACAUAAAUUUGCCAGAUGUUGAGAUCAUAAUAUUCAUACAGUGCCACACAGUCAACUCAAAAUCUCUGCGAGAAUACCUGACAGAGGAGUUGCUGCCAAACACAUGCAGUACUAUCCGGCAGGAAGAUGUGAUACCGGCCCUUCAGAAGUGUUGCGUUCUCUUCGUCGUCGAUGGUCUCGAUGAGGCAGGCUCAAAUGUGAGGGCUAUUGUCAGAGAACUGACCACUAAAUUUCCUAAGAACAGGAAAAUUAUAACCUGCAGACCGGAAUUUACUGAGGAUGCCAAGACCCUAAUGUCAUCCAACAGCAAGGAUACUUGUAUUUUCUUUGCAAAAGGUUUUGACAGUAAUCAGCGCAGGGAGUACCUUGGUAAACUUCUGGCAACAGUCAAGGUGAACAUAAGUGACUAUGAAAGCACUCUCAAUAGGCUGUAUGAGAGAAUCCAAGAGCUAGAGCACCAUCUGUAUGCUUUACUGUGCAUGCCACUGACAAUGAUGAUGCUGGUGUCGCUGUGGCUUGACGACGACGUGUCUUUGUCUCAGACGACAACGGUGACACGCAUUCACCAGGAAAUCACAGAGAUGAAAAUCAAGCAGCUUGCCCAGAGGACUCAGCGGAGGCUUGGAGAGUCGCGACACAUCAGCCUGGUUGAACGCACGUGUCAGAAGUGGCUCAAGGCCCUCAGUAAAGCGGCUUGGGAGACACUCCGGCACAACACACAGGUGCUGGAUGAAAAGCGGGCAGACGAACUCGUGCAAGAAGCAGAAAGCAACAAUAUAGACCCAAUGGAUGCUCUGUCCUGUUUCAUGAAGUGUAUCACAUUACAAAAAAAGUUCAGGACACAGUAUGCAUGGGAAUUUUUCCACAAAAGUUUCCAGGAAUACCUCACUGCUGUGUACGUGAGUCAAAAUCAAGACAUACUAGGAAUGCCUAGGCAUGAUAUUUUACACAUAAAUUAUACACAACCUCAAAAACCAAUAAGGUCAGCUGCACUACCCACAGCAGUGGAAGAAAAUGCACUUUCCUGGCAACGUAAGAAGAAGGCUAAACAAAGAGGUGCUUUUUGUAUGGAAGCACUUCUCAGCUGUGUAACAAACUGCUGCAGGUAUAAAUAUCAUCACAGGGCACCAUAUGCAGAGGAGUAUUAUAGUUAUAGUUUAAAGAAAAGAGGAUUUUCAAAGGAUGGCUCUUUUGUUAAUGAAGGGAGGGUGGAAUGGCCAAGUCCCUGUGCUGAAGGCCACCAUCAAGACUUCAUACAAGAAGGCAAAGAAGGAGGAGCAGGUCAUGAUGAUGAAUCUCCAUAUAGCUUUGAGAUUGACGCUGAAAAAGUCGAUAAGCAAAACACAUUACAGUUUUUGGCUGCAAUGGAAACCUCAAAAGACGACAUCAAUCUUGAGUACUUGAGGAAAAUCGUCAGAGAGUAUCGACAAGCGACAUCUACCACAGCAUGGGUUCAAUGGGCUACAUUUCUCAGAGAAUGCCACGAGCAUCCAGCUGUCUGUAAGCUUCUUCGAGAAGUCUUUGAAUGGAAUGUGAUAGAGUUUUUCUCGCCAAAUUCUUACGACACUGAGGUUUUUGAAGCGGUAGACUUCUUGCUAAGGAAAACAAAGUUCAGUCCACACAAAUGUAAACUAUGGUUUAAUCGUGAAGAGUCACUGCCAGAUGGUUUAGGCCAAAUGCUGUCCACGAUGAUGGAAGUCUCACCAACAACUCCUGUUAGUAUAAUGUGUAAUUUUGCUCUCUCUGCAGAUAUGGAGCAAUGUUUAGGUCAGCUCGUAAAGACGGACACAAUAACCCUAACAUUUAAUGGAAAGUUGCAAGACAAAAACACAAGUGACUUAAUUAGCCUCUUAAAAUGCUCCCAAGAGAAAGACGCAGAUAUCCAACUGAGUGUAAUGAUAGAAAGCACUGAAGAUCUCAGAAACUUUGCACACUGUUGCACGGCAUCACCUAUCCCUAGGAGUGCAAAACUUGACUUGUGGGUCUACUGCGCCUCUGCAGAAAUGCUGGGCCCUCUCAGCGAGGUGUUCAAAGCCUACGGGUGGCAAAAACCGCUGUCUGUCGGCUUUCAGGACGCUGAGAUGAGCGAACUGACUAAGGACAUACAGGAGUUAUUGAGGGGUGCUCUGCACAAGAGUUCUGUCAAGCUGACCAAAAUGGAACUCAUGGUUGAAGCUUACGCCGAGAAUCGACUGAAAGAUUAUGAGGAAAUGGCAUGUGGCAUAGCAGACGACACUCCGUGUGGUGUCGUGUUUGAAGGUGCGGCUGAUGGUGAUGACAUCAUCUUAGUUUUGGAUGGUAUCCCACAGGGCUGAAUUUUGCCUCCUGCUACAUUUAGUGGUUUACACUGACAGACACACAUACACACACACACACACAUUCACACACGCAUACACUUACUUGGGUUCAACCCCUGGGUGAGACAGAGUAAUCUAAGCGUGUGCCAUGACAGCAUAUUCCACUGGGUUCCUUUUGACGUAAAUAAUAAAUCAUGUACCUGACAGCUAGUUGACUUGUUAUAAAGAUCAAAGAAAUAUUGAAGGAGACAUAUAUAUAUAUAUAUAUAUAUAUAUAUAUAUAUAUAUAUAUAUAUAUAUAUAUAUAUACUAUAUAUAUAUAUAUACUAUAAAUUUUGUUACCAAGUCUGACGAGAACACCACAAACUGUGCAUAAAUGUUCACAAUUAAUUCUCUUGUAUCUUGUUAAAAGAGUUUAUAAUAAUGUCUGUGAUAAUGUUGUUCAAUAAAGCUGU